AUGAACGUCUCCGAUGCUGAACAAGCUGUCGACAGCGCCCGGCCUUCGCUCCGCGAGAAGUCGCGCUCCAGACAUUCAAGUAUAUCAAGUAUAUCCAGCAUAUCCACCCAUCCAGAUGCCGAAAAUGUUGGUGACCGUAUAACACGGACACAACAAUGCCGCAUCCUGGGCUCGACCUGUCUGAUGGCAUUUACGUUAGUAGGCCUCAACCAGGCCUUUGGGGUGUUCCAAGCACACUACGGACGAGAAGCGGCUGUCACGGAAGGCGUCCUCCUUCAGACCGAGCUAUCCAAACGCCCGUUGAUCUCGGCGAUAGGGUCGUUAGGAAAUGGAGGGCUCUUCGCCGCCUUUGGAGUGUUCUACUACCCGCAUCUUCCCCAAUUAGGAGGUCACGUUAGAUCUUUGUGCGGAUUAGGCACGGCGUUUGUUGUGAUCGGAUUCGCAACUGCAGUAGCCAGCCACAAGGUGAGUAAAGCUUCCCAACUGCUCUCGCAUCAGUCACUUACUAGGACGCAGUUGGCAACACUUGUUGCGUGUCAGGGACUCCUGGUCGGCCUUGGAACCGGCAUUCACAUCUAUCUUCUUGGGCCCAUAUUACCAGAGUACUUCCCACAGCGGAGCGGCCUCGCACAAGGUGUCAUGUUUGCAUGCGCGGCUCUAGGGAGCACGGUAUGGGUCUUCGCACUGACGGAGUUACUCAAGACGCUCGGUACGCGGUGGACACUAGGAAUUCUCGCCAUGUUCAGCUUCGCAGUCCUGUCCACUUCUAGUGCGCUCGCCCUUCCACCCCGAAAGUUCGAAAAACGGUCUACCGAUAUAGUCGGUUGGAAGGUCUUCAAGGAUCCGCUUUUCGCUUCACUCGCAGUCGCAAACCUAGUACAUCCGUUGACGAUGGCAAUACCCAUGGUGUUCGGGCCCGAGUUUGCUCAGUCCAUAGGAACAGGCAUCAUCCACGGGUCAUACCUUUUGGCCAUCAACACAGGAGUAGGGAUCCCAGGUAGGCUAUGCACCGGCUGGCUGUCAGACAAGAUUGGACAUCUGAACAUGCUCAUUGUUGCCACUGCGGUGUACGCCAUGGCAACGUGGGCGUUCUGGCUAUCUGCCGCAAUGAUGAGCAACGUGGGACUCUACAUUGGUAUGAGUGUCUGCCACGGGCUGAGCAACGGCGUCUUCAACGUCGUCAUCAACUCGGCGCAGAAGAUGCUGUUUGGCUCGGAGAUGUACUAUCCCAAGAGUGGUAUGAUGACCAGUAUACGCGGAGUCGGUUUUGUCAUCAGCGCACCGAUAGCAGGCGCGUUGGUGUCGAGAGUCGCCAAUGUAGACUUGCAAGGCAGAGACUUUGUGGGGGUGAUUGUUUAUACCGGGUCUUUGUUGACGAUCUCGCUGUUCUGUCUCUUGAACGUUCGAUGGUUGGAUGCGAAGAAGAACGGGUGGAAGCUGGUGCGUUAG